CACUCUUUUGUCCGUGUCUUCAUUACUCCGCUCCACAUACUCUCUCUCUUCUCCCAGAGAUUUCAGUGGCCACCCUCACCUUCAGUCUCAUCACUCCAGUUCUUGGUCUUUCAAGAAAGGAAAAACAGAAUGAACAGAGAGAGUUCAGAGUCAAAAGCAGCAGAGCCAUCAAGAACUCCUCUGCUUGUGAAGAGAACCAUCAUCGGUCCUGAUGGAGGGGAUGGUGGAUCUUCCUCUUCAUCUUCUGCUUCAGCCACGCCUCUUCUUGUUCUCACCACUUUGGUCGCUGUCUGCGGUUCAUAUGUGUUCGGUUCUGCCGUGGGAUACUCAUCACCUGUUCAGUCUGGAAUCAUGGAUGAUUUGGGCCUCACUUCUGCAGAGUACUCGCUUUUUGGCUCAAUAUUGACAAUUGGAGCUAUGAUGGGAGCAGCAAUCAGUGGGAGAAUCGCAGAUUACAUAGGUCGAAGAGGUACAAUGGGACUUUCAGAGAUAUUAUGCAUAACAGGUUGGAUAGCUAUAGCAUUAUCGAAGAUUUCUUUGUGGCUUGAUGUUGGGAGGUGGCUGGUAGGAUGUGGAAUGGGGCUCCUCUCAUACGUGGUCCCUGUAUAUAUAGCAGAAAUUACACCGAAAGACCUUCGUGGAGGAUUUACAACAGUACAUCAGUUAAUGAUCUGUUGUGGUGUGUCAAUGACUUACCUUAUCGGAGCAUUCGUUUCUUGGCGAGCAUUGGCUCUCAUAGGCAUUAUUCCAUGUCUUGUACAGGUCAUCGGUCUGGCUUUCAUUCCGGAAUCUCCUCGAUGGCUGGCAAAGACAGGUCGGAAUAAAGAGUGUGAAGCUGCCUUGCUUCGCUUGAGGGGGAAGAAUGCUGAUAUCUCUCAGGAAGCAGCUGAGAUUUGGGAAUACACUGAAACCCUUCAACGGCUUUCAGAAGCCAGGAUAUUAGAUUUGUUUCAGAGGAAAUAUGCCUACUCGCUUAUUGUUGGAGUAGGGUUAAUGGUACUGCAGCAAUUUGGAGGGGUGAAUGGAAUUGCUUUCUAUGCUAGUUUCAUAUUCAUAUCAGCUGGCUUCUCUGGUAGUGUUGGGACUAUAGCGAUGGUUGUCGUUCAGAUUCCAAUGACGGCAUUGGGUGUGCUCUUGAUGGAUAAAUCUGGCCGAAGGCCACUUUUGUUGGUUUCGGCAGCAGGAACAUGCCUCGGUUGCUUGAUGACAGGAUUCUCAUUCUACUUCCAGGACCUUCAAGUGUGGAAGGCUUUCACUCCAAUCCUGGCUCUUGUCGGUGUUCUGGUUUAUACAGGAUCAUUCUCUCUAGGCAUGGGAGGAAUUCCGUGGGUUAUAAUGUCAGAGAUAUUUCCUAUAAACAUGAAAGGUUCGGCUGGUAGCCUCGUGACGGUGGUGAGCUGGUUAGGUUCUUGGAUUAUCUCAUAUGCCUUCAACUUCAUGAUGGAUUGGAGUUCAGCAGGAACGUUCUUCAUAUUCUCGAGCAUAUGCGGAUUGACUGUUCUAUUUGUAGCAAAGUUGGUGCCGGAAACUAAAGGGCGUACACUGGAAGAAAUACAGGCCACCAUGAAUCCAUUUUAAGUAGGAAAGUAACGCCGGAAUUUCUCUUGCAGAUGCGUCGCCAAUUAUGCAGUACCCAGUUUCUCGACAUGUCUGGGCCAAGAGGAGAAAGUACAUUCGGCACGAUCUUGUUUCCAUGGUUAUCAUUUAGGAGGUCGGCGAGACGAUGUGACGGUGGAACUGUCAACUUGGUCUCGACAUCUAAUAAUCAGAGUCCAUUUCGCUUUAGUACAUUCGAAAAUGGCUCUUUAGCUUACGUUAACCACUUUCGUUGUCGAUUUCUCCUGGAUCUCAGGGGAGACAUGAACAACCUACUUGUACUGCAAUAUUUUUGAUCCCCUCGGGUUGAUGCUCAUAUCGCUAGCCUGAUCUUGUGUCUUGUGUAACGUCAAUCACUACGAUUUGGCAUCGACUCGAUAUUUGAUUGGAAUAAUAUCACCGUGCUUUGAACGUCAAUACAUCUACACAACAAUGAAGCCGU